GUUUUCUUUAAUUUGGGGUUGCAGUGCUUGUCAUGGAGUGCAGUGUGGUCUCAGAGACUGUAUGUAUGUUCGGAAUCCAACUCAGCCAAGAGCGUUUGUCUUGGUCCUCGCUCGCCUGUUCCGGUCUCCACCACAUCAGUUUCCUUAUCCACACCCUGACUCCAGUCUUCCGCCCUAUAAGCAGCUUGCAGUGCUUGAUGAGAAUCUGGAGUGACUCAGUCAGACUACUACGACCAUGGACAAACUACCACUCGACUAUUCUCAGCUGGACAGUCGCACCGCAGACUCAGACAGGCCCACUCAAGCUCAGCCUGAACGCAGGGCCAGCUUCGACACCUCCUCACUCAAGCUCUCCUUCGCCAACAGCAGCAGCAGCAGCAACAGCACUCAUCCCCACAACCACCUGUCCACCCCAUCCACCUCAGCAGCCCACCAUCCCUUCCGAACGCCCUCCUCAGCCAUCCAUCCCUCCUCCACCGCAAGCCCCCUGCUCGCCCUCAAACGCAACAACAGCCAACCCAACCUCCACCAGCCCAUCUCACACCCAACACCCUCGCCAACCCCUCACAAGAACUCUCUUCUUCCCAUGGACCAGCAAGACAUCCCCUCCCUUCCCUUCACCAGCUUCCCCAGGCGCUGUUCACCCAAGCUGGUCAGCCACCACAAGCGCACCCUCAGCGUGACCUCGUCGAUCGGCAGUGCGGCAGCCCAUCAUCACCAGCUGCUCAUCCUCAACAGGCAUCCCUUCGACCAAGAUGAUCAGGAGGACCAAGUCGAGAUCGAGGGCGGCAUGAGUGGCUUACUCAAGACGGCCGAGGAUCACGAAAAUCCAAUCCUCGACUGUCCACUCGAUGACCGUCGUGCGAGCGAGAGCUGCGGGAGUAGUGUCGUCGGAGAGCCGAUGUCACUCGAUCCUGAUCCACCUACCUCCCGUCCAUCUCAUUCACACCUAGGCGCAAAACGAGUGCGAAGAAAACAUGUCAAUCGGGCUAACCUUCUGCCACGGCCGAAAGCACAUCUUAGGGUCGCUGCUCAACUGAGUACAGAGGAGGUCUCGCCGGAUUUACUCACAGAGGCCGAAGUCCACAGGCGGUUCAAAUCGAUACCAUUCGUUGUACCACAACCUAGUACUUCCACACCCACCAACACUCUUCCAUCGACUACCCCAUCAAAUUCGCCCUUGAUACCUCGUACACCCUCCUCCCCAUUCUAUCAUCAUCUCAAUCGACCGACCCCUAACCGGUUCCCCGAACAGGCAGAUGAUGACGACGAUGGCAUGGGACUGGAGGGCAAAAGCUCUGGCAGCGACGAGGAGGAGCCCGCCGAUGACCAUCAGUCUCAUUGCUCCGGUCUACGCCGCUCAGUGAUGAGCCAGGAUGAAGAAUCAGAAGAUCAAAAAAUGGUCGAGAUCCAAAAGUGGAAGAUGUUUCGUGGUUCGGGAUCAAGCGGUAGCUGCGGACCUGCUGAAAUCAAUCGGACCGGGAAGCGACGAUGUCAAGAACCAGAACGAUACGAGUAUGGAAUGUUCAAAAGGAGAGCCGUCUCACCAUCUUCCACAUCACUCUCCUCAUGCAUCGGAUCACCGAUCCAAAACCCGAUUCCCAUUCCUCAAGCGUGUCCAUUGGCCCCAAAUUCAGCAACUCCAAGCCACCUGGUCAACCAUCAAUCAGCAACAGUCAACAGUAGUAGCAGUAGUAGCAGUGCUAGCAGCCUUGGAUUUAGAACCAACUUGGGAGCCCAUCACUUGAUUGUACAAAAGCAAUCUCUUCCCUCGGAUUGAGACGAUCUAAUAUCUAACUUUUCAAGUAACUCAUGAAUAAAAAUUGACUCCUCUGAUGCCCCCCCCCCC